UAAACACAGAGCACAUACUAAAUCACGAUGGUCGCGACUACCUUAGAAUCUCCAAGAGUAGAGACCCUGGCUGGGAGUGGCAUUCAGCUAAUCCCGAAAGAAUACGUGAGGCCGAAAGAUGAACUUGUCAGCAUCACCAACAUUUUCGAGGAGGAAAAGAGUGAUGAAGGCCCUCAGGUGCCCACAGUCGACAUAGCUGAUAUUCUGUCUGAUGACAGAGCUGUCAGGGAGAAAUGCUAUGAAAGAAUUAAGGAUGCUGCCGUGGACUGGGGAGUCAUGCACCUUGUUAACCACGGGAUCUCAAAUGAGCUCAUGGAUCGUGUUAGAGUGGCUGGACAGGCGUUUUUUGCUGAACCAAUUGGCGAGAAGGAGAAGUAUGCAAAUGAUCCGGGCACUGGAAUGAUUCAAGGGUAUGGAAGCAAGCUAGCCAACAAUGCCAGCGGCCAGCUUGAGUGGGAAGACUAUUUCUUCCACCUUGUUUACCCCGAAGAGAAAGCUGAUUUGUCUAUUUGGCCUAAGAAACCACAGGACUACAUUCCGGCAACAAGGGAGUACGCGAAGGAGUUAAGAGGCCUCGCGACAAAGUUACUAUCUGCAUUAUCUAUAGGACUGGGACUUGAAGAAGGAAGGCUAGAAAAAGAAGUUGGCGGAAUGGAAGAGCUAAUACUCCAGAUGAAGAUCAAUUACUACCCGAAGUGUCCUCAACCUGAACUGGCUCUCGGUGUUGAAGCUCACACUGAUGUGAGUGCACUCAGUUUCAUACUCCAUAAUAUGGUUCCUGGGCUACAACUCUUCUAUGGAGGCAAGUGGGUGACCGCUAAAUGUGUUCCAGACUCUAUUAUAGUACACAUUGGGGACACACUUGAAAUUUUAAGCAAUGGCAAGUAUAAAAGCAUUCUUCACAGGGGACUUGUGAACAAGGAGAAAGUUAGAAUUUCGUGGGCUGUUUUCUGUGAGCCUCCUAAAGAGAAGAUUAUUCUAAAGCCACUGCCAGAGACAGUAACUGAGGCUGAGCCACCGCUCUUUCCACCCCGUACCUUUGCUCAGCAUAUGGCACACAAGCUGUUCAGGAAGAGCCAGGAAGCUAUUGAUGACUCGAAAAAGGUUCAGCCACAGGAACAAAAUAAUGCUGAAACUGAUAUUCCUCAGCCAGAAGAACAACAAAAAACCGUAGAAAGUAAACCUCAGAAAAUUGAAAUAUUAAAGCCUGGAGAAGAGGCAUCUACUUCUCCAUAAUUUGAAAUUUCUCAGCUGCUGGAACAGAAUAACUAUCCUCUAAAAGUAGAUAUCCGAAUCCUUCUAUCAAGAGUUGAUUUGUCACAGGCUUCAGACAUUACUAUCUCAGUUGCCACAUGUUUGAAAUAUGUUAAAUAACCUUGUUGCAAUAUAUUCAAGUAUUGGUUUCUAUAAUAAA